AUGUUUAAGAUUGUUCUAGUUAGCUGUUUAUUAUUUCUAUUCACAUUUUUAAAUGUGGAAACAAAGUUAUCGGAAGGACAACGAACAAUCUACAAUUUUCAUAAAAAAGUUCGUGAAGAUGUACAAAAUUGCAAGAUACCUGGUCAACCACCAGCUAAGAGUCUAAAAAAGUUGAAAUGGAAUAAACUAUUAGCUAAUAAAGCUAAACAUCAAGCUAAACGAUGUAAAUAUGAUUCAAAUGAUCCAAAUGAUUUUAUUAUUGGUGAUUUUGAAUCAAUUGGACAAAAUUUAGCCGAUUAUCCAACAAUUGAAGGUGCAAUGAAAGAUUGGUUAGAAGAAUAUAAAAAUUAUAAUUUUGAAAAGAAUCAAUGUAAUGGUGAUUGUAAGAACUAUAAACAGAUGGUUUGGAAUACCACUGAAGCAAUAGGCUGCGGUUAUGAAAAAUGUGGAAAGAACUAUUUGAUCAUUUGCAAUUAUGCACCAGGUCAUUGUAAAAAAUUAAAAUUACCUAAAGAAGUACGUGAAGUAUUUCAAUUACAUAAAUAUUAUCGUAAUUCAAUACGGUUUUGUCAAAUGCCAAAUCAACCUCCUGCAAAAUAUAUGUCAAAAUUACAAUGGAAUAAACAUUUAGCAGAAAAAGCUCAACUCACAGCUAGCCGAUGUGAUUACUCUUAUGAUAGUCCAAGUGAUAUGCGUUUUGAAGAGUUUUCUUCAGUGGCACAAAAUAUUGCUGAUAGUCCAACAAUCGAAAAAGCGGUGGCCAGUUGGUUUAUUGAGUACAAGAACUAUUCUUUUGAUGAUAACACAUGCAAAGAUACAUGUAUGCAGUAUAAACAGAUGGUAAAAGGUGAAGAAACUGAAAUUGGUUGUGGUGUACAAAAAUGUUCAAACAGAUUUUUAGUAGUAUGUAAUUAUUCACCAGCAGCUGAAGAAGAUAAACCACCGUAUGAAAAAGGUACUCAAGAAAAUUGCGAUGAUGUUGAUGAUGCAGAAUAUUAA